GGUAUAUGUGUCAUAUGCAUACGCCAGGAACAGAAGUGAUUGUUGCACACAGCAUGGCGCAGCACGGCAAGCCGUUCUCCCACGUACAGAACUUCAUGCCAUCUGUGAUGGCAACUGAUUCUUCCAUCAUGUCAAGGAUUGUGCACGAAGAAGAUGAAAUCAACAAGAUAGUUGCUCAGAUAAAAGGAAAGCUUACACAAGCUGGGGUUAGAGGAAAUUUUCUCAGACUGGCAGGAGAGCCAGGUCCGGCCAUCAUCCACGCGGCCAGUGUACAUAAGGUCUGCUGCAUAGUGACAGGAUCACGUGGUCUCGGUACCGUGCGGAGGACUCUGAUUGGCUCAGUGUCUGAUUACAUUCUCCAUCAUGCAAACUGUCCAGUGCUGGUCUGUCGGCAUAAGGAAGGGAAGACAGCCUAG